UAGGGCGCCCCGGCCAUGCUGGCGCGGGGGGCCGCGGGGCUGCGCGGCGCCGCGCUGCGGCGGGCGAGGCCGGCGGCGGCGGGCCGCGGGCUGCGCAGCUCGGCGGCGGCGCGAACCGCCAUGCCCUCCUGGGUCAUUGACCGGUACGGGCGCAACGAGGUGCUGCGCUUUACCAGGGACAUGGCGUUCCCCGCCAUACGCUUCCCCAACGAGGUGGUGAUCAAAGUGCACGCCGCCAGCCUGAACCCCAUAGACCUUAGCAUGAGAAGUGGUUAUGGUGCCACUGCAUUAAAUAUGAAGCGUGAUCCCCUGAAACUGAAUAGUAUGGAGAAUGAAUUUCCACUGACACUUGGUCGAGAUGUCUCUGGUGUAAUUAUGGAAUGUGGACUAAGUGUGUCUUAUUUCAAACCCGGAGAUGAGGUAUGGGCAGCAAUUCCUCCAUGGAAACAAGGCACUUUGUCAGAGUUUGUUGUAGCUAGUGGAAAUGAGGUGUCUUUUAAGCCCAAGUGUCUCAGUCACACAGAAGCUGCCUCCUUACCCUUUGUAGGUCUCACAGCAUGGUCUGCAAUUAACAAAGUUGGAGGACUAAAUGACAAAAAUUGUAGUGGGAAAAGAGUAUUAAUAUUAGGAGCUUCAGGAGGAGUUGGUACUUUUGCUGUACAGCUAGUGAAGGCCUGGGGUGCUCAUGUGACAGCAGUUUGUUCUAAUGAUGCCAGCACUCUGAUGAAAGAGCUUGGAGCGGAUGAUGUGAUUGAUUACAAAUCUGGAAGUUUGGAAGAGCAGCUUAAAACCUUACCCUUGUUUGAUUUCAUCCUAGAUAACGUUGGUGGAUCCACUGAGAAGUGGGCUGUAGAUCUCCUGAAGAAAUGGUCAGGAGCAACGUAUGUUACCUUAAUAACACCGUUCUUAAUCAAUGUGGACAGACUAGGAGUGGCUGAUGGCAUGCUACAAACAGGAGUCACUAUUGGUUCCAAAACUGUAAAGCAUCUAUGUAAAGGAGUCCAUUAUCGGUGGGCAUUUUUUAUGCCAAGUGGCCCAUGUUUGGAUGAAAUAGCAGAACUGGUUGAAUCUGGAAAGAUCCAACCAGUUAUCGAUCAAGUCUACUCUUUUUCUGAAGUUCCAAAGGCCUUUCUGAAAUUGGAAGGAGGACAUGCACGUGGAAAAACAGUGAUCAAUGUCAUUAAUAAAAAAUAAAGGUAUCUCUAAUGAU